CUAACCUCCCGAUAUGAAAUGACCCAACGUACAUCCCCCUGUAUGUCUUGCCAGUGUUUGCAAAUUUCACUCAAGCUUUUGGUUGAAUUGCCCUCCAGUGGUCGAGAGUCAGUGCGCCCGUCAACGGUCAUGCCGCGGGAUCUUUGUGGGGCGCCGUUAAGCGGCGCGGUUCUACUAACCUACACAGGAUGUGAAAGUGGACCUAUGAAGGCUAUACAACCCCGAGUCGCCAAUUGCAAACGGCAUUGCUGUCAUGAAUCAGACAAUGGUACGAAUGUGGUGCCAAUGAAAAGGGCCCACAGACGAAGCCGCGCGCCGCUCAUCCCAUUUGGCACGGCUUUCGUUUAUUUGCCUGUUGCUUUCGCUCUCUAUUACGUUGCUUGGAUUGUCUACACUCGCACUCUUCACCCUCUUCGAAAGAUCCCCGGGCCGAUAUGGCCUUCCAUUUCGCGAACGUGGCUCAUGUGGAGGAUGCAUGUGGGAGACCUCGAGAUAGAGUUGCGCAAAGCGCACGAUCAAUAUGGCCCUCUGGUUCGCAUUGCUCCGGAUGAGGUCUCUUCAGGGAAUCCCGCCGACAUUCCAACCAUGUAUCGCGUACAGAAGCCGCUGGAAAAGACUGUGUGGUACUUGCCAUGGCGCGCCUUUCCUGCUUUCCACGAGCGUCCGGACAUGUUCACCACACUGCUCGGCAAGGACCAUGCCGCCUAUAAGAAGAUUAUUGCAGGAACUCUUACCAUGAGCAGCAUCCUUCGCAAUGAAGAUAAGAUGGACGAGUGUCUUCUGCUGUUCCUCAAUCGCAUGGGUGAAUUCGCGGAUCGUGGAACUAGUUUUGACUUUGGUUUCUGGCUAGAAAUGUAUGCAUUCGAUAUCAUAGGUGCCGUCUUCUUUGGAAACCAGUUUGGCUUCCUAGAGAACCGCCAUGACCAUGGCAACUACAUUAAAUCGGUCCAUCGUGCCAUGCCCUUCUUAUCCGUCGUAACCAUGACUCCCACGUAUCUUCGAUUCCCCAUUAUGGCCUGCGCUGUCGCUGUUCCCGAACUACUCAAGGCUGUAAUCGCCGUCGACGGUAUAAGAAAAGUCGCUAUUAAGAAUACCAAAGAACAGAUGAAAGCGGCGGAAGAAGCUACUUCGAAGCGGCAUGAUGUUCUAUCGCAGAUGCUCACCAUCGUGCACGAGAAAGGCGACAAAGUCAAUUUCACCGAAGCGAACGUCAUGGCAGAAAUGCAUGUGGGCGUAAUGGCUGGAGCUGAUAGCACAUCAAUCCUGCUCCGCUCCAUUUUCUAUUUCAUGAUGAAGCACCCCAACACUAUGGCAAAGGCCGUCGCCGAAGCCGAAGUCACUUUCACGAAUGGAGCGCUGAGCUGGCCACCAAAAUACCAAGAGGUCGUGACAUCCUGUCCGUACAUUUGCGCGGUGAUCAAGGAAGCCUCCCGGGUUUUCCCCAGCUUCGCCGUCCAGAUCCAGAGAUACUCGCCCCCUGAAGGCAUCAGCGUCGCCGGCACGUUCAUCCCACCGGGCUAUCGCGUUGGCAUGAAUCCGCACAUUGUGCAAAAGGAUAAGACCGUUUUCGGCGAAGAUGCUGAUCAGUUCAGACCGGAGCGAUGGCUUGCAAGUGAGAAAACCAAUCUCAUGAUGGAUAGGGCGUAUAUCUCAUUUGGUGUUGGAACGCGGCCUUGUGCUGGUAAGAAUCUUGCUCUCGCCGAGAUUCACAAACUUGUGCCCUGCAUGUUACGUAACUUCAACGUCAAGAUGGCACAUGAUCGACCGUGGAAAACACAUAAUGCGAGCUUCAUCGUGCAGACCGAUGUCAUUUGUAACAUCGAGCGCAAGCCUCUGUAGGAUUCUGAAUCAAAGUAGCUUCUC